CGGAAGACAGUCUCAACUCUCAUCGACUUGAAAACGUCCAUUCCGGGCCGCCAGCUUGGUGGUCCGCGGGCCCGUCCCUGAUGCCGGCCAGAAAGGGACUACUGGCUCCGCAGAACACCUUCCUCGACACGAUAGCCACCCGCUUCGAUGGGACCCACAGCAAUUUCGUGCUCGGCAACGCCCAGGUACCGUCCCUGUACCCCAUCGUGUACUGCUCGGACGGUUUCUGUGAACUGACAGGCUUCGCUCGUGCUCAGAUCAUGCAGAAGGGAUGCGCCUGCAAGUUCCUCUACGGGCCCGACACUGCCGAAGAUCACAAGAUGCAAGUGGAGAAAUCUCUCGAGUGCAAGACUGAACUAAAGCUCGAGGUCAUCUUCUACAAAAAAAAUGGAACGCCGUUCUGGUGCCUGCUCGACAUCGUUCCCAUCAAGAAUGAGAAGCGAGAGGUUGUACUCUUCCUUGCCUCUCACAAAGACAUCACACACACAAAGAUGGCGGAGUUGCAGAUAUGUGAGUUGUACGACAGUGACGCCAAUGGCAACCUGGAUCCUGAGGCACCCCCUACGAACUAUGGACGCCGACGCAGCAGAGCUGUGUUGUACCAACUUUCCGGCCAUUACAAGCAAGACAAGAUGAAAACAAAGUUGAAACUCAAUAAUACGCUUUUGCAGCCAACUGCAGCGCCCCUCCCGGAGUACAAAACAGCUGCGCUCAAGAAGUCCCGUUUUAUUCUAUCCCAUUACGGGGUCUUCAAGAGCUGCUGGGAUUGGCUCAUCCUCAUUGCUACGUUCUACGUGGCUGUCGUAGUCCCAUACAACGCGAGCUUUGUGAACACAGACCGGCCCUCCAUGGUCAGCGACGUGGUUGUAGAGGCGCUCUUCAUCAUUGACAUUAUACUGAAUUUCCGGACAACAUUCGUCAACUGUAAGGGCGAGGUAGUCUCGAACUCACGGUCCAUUGCUCUCAACUACCUCAAGAGCUGGUUCAUAGUUGAUCUGCUGGCAGCCCUGCCUUUUGACCUCCUCUACGCCUCCGAUGUGUACAGCGGGGAGGAGUCGGGGCCGUCACACAUCCACCUGUUGAAGCUGACACGACUGCUGCGCCUCGCCCGCCUCCUACAGAAGAUGGACCGCUACUCCCAGUACAGCGCCAUGAUCCUCACACUCCUCAUGCUUUCCUUCACGCUCGUCGCGCAUUGGCUCGCCUGCAUCUGGUACGUCGUGGCCGAUAAGGAGCGCCACAGGAACGACGACCAGUGGGACCUGGGUUGGAUCCAUGCGUUGGCAAAGAGGCUUAACAUUUCUGUAAACAACGUAACACAUUCAGAGUCGUACAUUACAGCUCUUUACUUCACAUGUUCGAGCCUCACCAGUGUCGGGUUUGGCAAUGUUUCUGCCAACACAACAUCAGAAAAAGUAUUCAGCAUCUGUACCAUGCUCAUUGGAGGUAAAGCUUCACAAACACUUAUGCAUGCUGUCGUGUUUGGCAACGUGACUGCCAUUAUCCAGCGCAUGUAUUCACGGCGCUCCCUGUACCAGACAAAAUGGCGUGAUCUGAAGGACUUCCUCACACUGCAUCAGAUUCCAAAGGAGAUGAAGCAGAGAAUGCAGGAUUACUUCCAGACCAUGUGGUCACUGAACCAUGGCAUUGACAUUCACGAGGUGAGAGAGACACUGAAGGAAUUCCCUGAGGAGCUCAGAGGUGAUGUGUCUAUGCAUCUCCACCGUGAGAUUCUCCAGCUUCCCAUCUUUGAAGGCGCAUCACAAGGCUGUCUGAAGCUUCUUUCCCUGCACAUCCGUAGCAACUUCUGUGCACCCGGAGAAUAUCUUAUCCACAAGGGAGAUGCCCUUCAGUACAUCUACUACUUGUGCAAUGGGUCCAUGGAAGUGGUACAGAACAGUAUGGUCGUGGCUAUCUUAGGCAAGGGUGAUUUGUUUGGUUGUGACAUAAGUAUGUACCUGCAGCCAUCUGGGAAUGGGGCUAUCGUCAGCACCAGUGGGGUCGGAGGUGGAGGGGGAGGGGGAAGUGGUGAUGUUGUUGUCAAGUCUAGUUGUGAUGUGAAAGCGCUCACUUACUGUGAUCUCAAGUGUAUCAACAUGCAAGGUCUGGUGGAUGUGCUAAGACUGUACCCAGAGUACCAGCAGGAGUUUGCAAAUGACAUUCAGCAUGAUCUCACCUACAACCUCCGGGAGGGAUACGAGGCUGAGCAAGAGUCAGAAAUAAAUGGAGUUCCAUCUCUUACCCUUCCGUCCAUCAGUGAAGAUGAUGAGAACAUACCUGAAGAAGGGGAGACUUCUCCCUUGUCUCCUCCAAACCGAUCACCUCUUCAUGCCACAAACAGCCCUCGGCAUGGAAAGUUCAACCCGAGGCUGGAUGAAUUACGAGGCUACUCAGGACGGACCCGUGGUGGAGGUGGCACAAGAGAUCGACAACGAAGCCUUCUACCCGGCAGCAGUCAAAAGACAGGGUCACUGGAAGGUCUGAACCUUGAACUGAGAGGAGAAGUAGAACAGACACGCAGCAGUGUUGAAAGAUUAGACACACAAGUGUCAACUUUGCAUCAAGAUGUAGCAACACUCAGCCAAGAGGUGAGGAAUGCUAUUCAGGCACUACAGGAACUUGCCACAAGCAACACUGCAAUGGGAACACGAUAUCCACAUCCACUUCCUGCACAUUCAAAUCCUAAUAUACCUGACAAUAGUCUGAAACAUUGCAACACUGUUAUGCUACCACGUAGCUCCUCUCACCCCCCUGAAAUAUUCUGUUGGGACAAUAGUGAGCCUCUAAUGGGCAGCAAUGUAAAUUUUACAUUAGACAAGGAGUCUCAGACAAGCCUGGAUCUAUUGGAACAAUAUAUCUUGCAGAAUCCUCGACGUGUGUUGCUUAUAUUGGGUUUGGAUGCCGAUGCCAUCCUAGGCAGACGAACAACCUCCCCUCCUCUGUCAGUAUGUAACACAUUUCAGCCUUCAGACAUGACAGUCCCAUCCAACAACAUUGUAAAUACAAGAAAUCAUUGCAGUAAUAAGCUGACAAGCAUAACACAGCCAGCAGACUGGAUCUCCCAGCCACCACCAGCACCAAGUUUCUGGGAGCAGAAGCAUCACCACAGGUUCAGUGCAGGCGAUAUUGAUGAUAAGUUCCGAGCAGUCAACCCCCUUCCUGCCACGAGAUCUCUCAAGUUCCAACCCUUUACCAGCUGAAUCCAAGUUACACUUUGGAAUAUCCAUACAAGUGUGUAAGGUACCUACCAUCAGUAACGCUGCUCAUGAGAGCCUUCUACUGAGUGAAUUCUAUGACAAUUAAUAACAGUGAAUUUCAGUUAGUAUCAGCAUGAUAUAAAAAAAAUGGUUGUGGAUGACAUUCAUAGACAUUGCUGAAACAGAACUCUGAACUCCUGUUUUGUUUUCCAUGUAAUAAUAUGUCUCCUGCUGUGAAGGUGCCUGAUCCCUCCUGUUCAUGCAGAAGAGACUGCAAGAUUGUGACAUUACUUCAGUAAUUCUACAGUUCAGACAAGUGUUAUUUGUUCAUGUAGUUUUUGUUUGCGUAUUUCAUAAAACUCUUUGACUGAACACUGUUUGUUAAGCCUUCAGACCCAAACCAUCUGGAAGCAGUCAUAUUAUGUGGAAUGAAAUUUUCUGAUCAAUAGAAGACUGAAGGGGAAUUUCCUUGUUUGCUGGUCUUCUUCUCCUUCUUUUCCAUUUUUUCUUCCGUUCUAUCCUUCUUUUUAAUUUCCUUCCACCUUCUUUACCUCUACUUCUUACCAUUCUUCUUCUCCAUCUUCCUUUCUAUCUGAUUUUCACCAUCUUCAGUGUAUUCCGCUUAACUUUUUCCCUGGCUCUGAAAGAGUUAUACCAGCUCUUAUGGUAUAAUGUUCAACUUUGGGUAUCCUGUCUCUUCACAUUGUCCAGUCACAUUAUGGAUCAUAUUUUAUAGAACAAUUAAUUUUUUAGUUGUCACAUUUAUUAAACACGUUUUGACCAAACGAGUCAGUUAAAUGGAAGUUACAUUUAAAUAACUGUAGGCUCUAAAGAGCUUCUUUAAUAGCAUUGCCACACUUUCACAGAACUGAAAUUUUAUAUUUUAAGGUACAGUGUUUUAAAAUAUAGAUUAAAUCAUUGUCUAUUCAUCCUGAGAGAUAGCAAUGCUUGUUGUAAUUUUGCAUUUUCAGAUACUAACAGCAAGGAGUUCUGACAAAGUUUGAGGUUGGAGCAGAUUGGAGAAGUUUUUCUUUUUAUUUGGCCUAAACAAUUUUCUGACAUCUGACCAAGCUGACAAAACUCAUUUUUGAAUUGGAGCAUGGAAUCCAUCACUCCCACUGUCAUGCUGAUGAUAAUGAUCAGGGUUUAACCUUUAAGUGGCGAAGCGCCCCGUUUGUGCCAGUGGUAAGUAAGGUCGUCGUGGCCAAAGUACCCCGUUUUGGCCAGUCGGGCAU